AUGUCGAAACCCGUAGCCAUUGUGACAGGCGCCGGCUCCGGCAUCGGCGAAGCAGUCGCAACCCACCUCUACAGCAAAGGCUUCAAAGUUGUCGUCGCAGAUCUCAAUCCCUCGUCCGGCGAGCGCGUAGCCAGUGCCCUUGGACCUGACGCCAUAUUCCAUCAAGUCGACGUCUCAUCCUACAAAUCGCAAGCACAGCUGUUCAAACGCGCGUAUGAAUGGGGCGGCAACCGUCUGGACUUCUGCCAUGCCAAUGCAGGUAUCGAUGACCGACAGAACAUCUUUGAGGAUAUGGAGAAGGAGGAGCUGGAUGAGGACGGCUUGGUUAAGAAGCUGAAUACGAAGACUAUGGAGGUCAAUCUUGAGGCCGUCAUCCAGGGACUGUGGCUGUUCAAGUAUUAUGUCAGGAGAAGUAAAGAGGCAGGUGGAGGGAAGGGCAAGUUUGUUGCUACGAGCAGUGCAGCAGGGUUAUACGCCAUGACACAAUGCCCCCAAUACACCGCCAGCAAAUACGGCGUGAUCGGUCUAUGCCGCGGCUCGGGCCCUGUAUUCGUCAAAGAAGGCAUCACCGUCAACGCAAUCUGCCCUGCCUUCAUCCCCACAAAUCUCUGUCCACCAGAAGUCGCGGCGCGCUGGCCCAAAGAGCACAUCACACCUUUGUCGACAGUGAACAAGGCCAUGGACGCUUUCCUCGCAGACGAUAACUUGACAGGCCAGGCGGUGGAGUUAUCACAGGAGAAUAUCUACUUUAGACAACAGGUUGACUAUCCGAAUGAGAGUCAGCGGUGGAUUGGCCUGGAGAGUGAUAAGAUCUGGGAUGUGGGGUACAAGGAGCCCCCGAAGAGGGCGGGAUACUAG